AUGUUCUCCCGCCGAAACCUCCUCGCCCUAGGGCUAGCCGCCACCGUCAGCGCCGGUCCCUGUGACAUCUACGAAGCCGGCGACACUCCCUGUGUAGCCGCACACAGCACCACCCGCGCUCUAUACAGCUCCUUCAGCGGCGCCCUCUACCAACUCCAGCGUGGCUCCGAUGACACCACCACCACCAUCUCCCCGCUCACAGCCGGCGGCGUCGCCGACGCCUCCGCGCAAGACACCUUCUGCGCCAACACCACCUGCCUGAUCACCAUCAUCUACGACCAAUCCGGCAACGGCAACCACCUGACCCAAGCACCUCCAGGUGGCUUCGACGGCCCAGACACCGACGGCUACGACAACCUGGCCAGCGCCAUCGGCGCCCCCGUCACCCUGAACGGCCAAAAGGCCUACGGAGUCUUCAUGUCCCCCGGCACGGGUUACCGCAACAACGAAGCCACAGGCACCGCCACCGGCGACGAGGCCGAAGGCAUGUACGCCGUCCUAGACGGCACGCACUACAACGACGCCUGCUGCUUCGACUACGGCAAUGCCGAGACCAGCAGCACCGACACCGGCGCCGGCCACAUGGAGGCCAUCUACCUCGGUAACAGCACCGCCUGGGGCUACGGUGCCGGCGAUGGCCCCUGGAUCAUGGUUGACAUGGAGAACAACCUCUUCUCUGGUGCCGACGAGGGAUAUAACUCCGGUGAUCCGUCUAUCUCUUACCGCUUCGUUACUGCUGCGGUCAAGGGCGGCGCUGAUAAGUGGGCUAUUCGCGGCGCUAAUGCUGCCUCUGGCUCCCUGUCCACGUACUAUAGCGGAGUCCGUCCGGAUUACUCCGGCUAUAAUCCCAUGAGCAAGGAGGGUGCUAUUAUCCUGGGUAUUGGUGGUGAUAACAGCAACGGCGCCCAGGGUACCUUCUACGAGGGUGUCAUGACCUCCGGAUAUCCGUCGGAUGAUACCGAGAACUCCGUCCAGGAGAACAUCGUCGCUGCUAAAUACGUCGUCGGCUCGCUGGUCAGCGGUCCGUCGUUUACCUCUGGAGAGGUGGUCUCGCUGCGUGUCACGACCCCGGGGUACACGACGAGGUAUAUCGCGCAUACUGAUACCACUGUGAACACUCAGGUUGUGGAUGAUGAUAGUUCCACGACGUUGAAGGAGGAGGCUAGCUGGACUGUUGUCACUGGUUUGGCUAACAGCCAGUGCUUCUCGUUCGAGUCGGUUGAUACUCCUGGUAGCUAUAUCCGUCAUUAUAACUUUGAGUUGUUGCUUAAUGCCAAUGAUGGCACGAAGCAGUUCCAUGAGGAUGCUACUUUCUGUCCUCAGGCGGCGUUGAAUGGUGAGGGCACUUCGUUGCGCUCGUGGAGUUACCCGACGAGGUACUUCAGGCAUUAUGAGAAUGUUUUGUAUGCUGCUAGCAAUGGUGGUGUGCAGACAUUUGAUUCGAAGACGUCGUUCAAUAAUGAUGUUAGCUUUGAGAUUGAGACGGCGUUUUCUUCAUGA